GCACCGGGAGUGUUAUUUGAGUGCAUUCAAUCAUCCAAUUGAUUUAAUAAGCUAUGGGUGCCAUUCAAGGCAAACAAUCAGUGCUUAAGGGUGUCAUCAAAAAUAGUGAACAAAUAUCAUCAUUUUUAACUGAACGUCAAAAACAAUUGGUCAAAGAAAGCUGGACUAUAGUGGCACAGGAUUUGGUGGGCACCGGCACAUGUGUUUUCAAACGUCUAAUAACAAAAUAUCCGGAACUGUCAAAGUUGUUCAAAAAGUUUAUGACACUUCGCGAUGAUGGCAAAUAUGAUUGGGAUUUGGAUGGACUUCAACGACACGCCAAUCUAGUAAUGCAGGGCUUGGAGGCGGCCAUCGAUAAUCUGGAUGACAGUCGUGUACUAUCGCUUAUACUCAACGAUUUGGGCCGAAAACAUGCCAGAUAUCAGGUCCAGGAGGACAUGUUUGAUAAACUAUGGGAUGCGUUACGGUUUGGCCUAAAGCAAGCACUGGGAGAUCAGUUCAAUCGCGAGAUGUCCGACGCAUGGUUUGCCGUAUUUAAGUUCAUAUCGCGACAAAUUAUUACAGGUAUGAGACAACAGAGAUCAAUAUCCAAUCAUAUUUGA